GUCAGUUUGCUGGCAGAUAAAUAAGGGGACCCGAGUCUUUGAAAGCAAACCGAAAACCACUGUGGAAGAGCGCAUAUACCGUAAAGGAUUCUGACACUUUGUAACAGGAGCUUUAACAUCGUUAUCCCCCGCGAAAGAGGCUACACAAAGGGACAGGAUUUCGAAAGGAAAAGCUUGGAAUUGGACUUGGAAUUUGAAAUAUAUCUGGAAACAUGACUCUGAACAAAGGUGACAAAUUGCGGAACAUGGACAAAAGACGAGGUAGCAUACCGUUUCCCGUCCACCUGCAGACCCUGCAUCGAAGGAGCAUGCCAGUGGAUGACCGAGAGCUGCACUCUACAAUGCCCUCAGCAGAAACGGGAGAGCUGGCGAGCCUUAUGCGUUGCACGUCCUACAGCCCCUGUGACCAGCACCGAGAUAGCUGCGUGUCAGACUCUUCCGACUCUAUCAUCUCCUCAGGCAGCGACUCCGAGGGACAGGCUCACAAGGUGGUUCUCCUGGGCGAACAUGGCGUUGGAAAAUCAAGUUUGGCACGUAUAUUCGGCGGAGUUGAAGAGUGUCACGACUGCGAUGAAGCAGGAAACACAUAUGACAGAUCAGUCAUUGUUGAUGACGAGGAGGCUUCUAUUAUUUUGUAUGACAUAUGGGAACAGGAUAACAGCCAAUGGCUGAGGGAGCAGUGCAUGCGGAUGGGCGAUGCUUACAUCAUCGUGUAUUCAGUAACGGACAAGGCCAGCUUUGAGAAGGCCUCUGAGCUGCGCAUACAGCUGCGCAGGGCCAGGCAGUCUGAGAACAUUCCCAUUAUACUAGUGGGGAACAAGAGCGAUCUUGUGCGGUCCAGAGAGGUCACAGUGGAGGAGGGAAGAGCUUGCGCUGUGGUGUUUGACUGCAAGUUUAUUGAGACGUCGGCCUCGCUGCACCACAACGUUCGGGACCUCUUCGAGGGCAUCGUCCGGCAGAUACGCCUGCGCAAAGACAGCAAAGAGGACAACGCCAGGCGGCAGGCCAACAACAAGAGGCGGGAAAGCAUCAGCAAGAAGGCCAAACGCUUCCUGGGCCGGAUGGUGGCUAAGAAGAACAAAAAGAUGGCCUUUCGGCAGAAGUCCAAGUCCUGUCAUGACCUCUCAGUCCUCUGAGAAGUCAAAACGUUUUGCCCCCCCCCCCCCCGAAGACCAGAAGCUGUGUGUCACAGGCUUGAGUUUUCAA